AUGGAUUCCUGGACACGCCAGAACUACCACCCGGAUUGUGAGUUUGCUGUGAACCAGAUGGUGAACCUGGAACUGCAUGCCAGCUUGGUCUACCUGUCCAUGGCCUACUACUUUGGACGUGAUGACGUGGCCCUCAAGCAAGUGGCUGCCUUCCUAGAAGAGGAGUCUCUCAAGAAGCGAGGAUAUGCAGAGAAGCUCUUGGAGUACCAAAACAAGCGAGGGGGGCGCAUCCUCCUCCACGACAUCAAGAAGCCACAGCAGGAUGAGUGGAGGAGCAGCCUGGGGGCAUUACAGUGUGCCCUGCAGCUGGAGAAGAAUACGAACCAAGCUCUCUUGGGCCUGUACCGCCUGGCUGUGAAGGAGGGGGACCCACAGCUGUGCAACUUCCUCAAGUCCCAAUUUUUGGUGGAUCAAGCGCAGGCUAUCAAGCAGCUGGGAGACCACCUCUCCAACCUGAAGCACCUGGGCGUGCCCCAGGAUGGCAUGGGGGAGCACUUCUUUGACAAACUCACCCUCGGGGACACCAGUGACGUUCCGCUGCAGUAA